AUGAACCAGCAGCAGGAGUAUCGUCCUUCUCAGCAGGCAAAGGAAAAGUGGCCUGCCCAGCAACAUUAUCAACACCACCAUUCGCAUCCGCCGCCGCCGCAAGCAGCCUCCGGUCCCGCAAUGAGUCAGCGCCCUGGAAACCCCCGUCGUGUGUCUGACCUGAGCAACGUCUACACGGUGGAUUUGCAGUCCAAUAUUGGGGACGUGUAUCCUGAACUGGCGCACAACAAACAUCACGAGCUUCUGGGCAAGCUUGAUAACCCCGAGUUCCAAGCCCAGAUACGCGCCUACUGCACGCAGCACAGUCCGGAGGCCCUUGCUGAACUCGACAAAUAUCUGGCCACUCAACAGAGACAGCAACCAGCUGCCACGGCAGCCGUGCCCAACAACCAAGACCAGAUGGUGAAGGAGAUCGUAGACGACUACCAGAUGCUUCAGAUGGCCACGGAAAAGUACAAGCAGGCCGGGGAGGCAUACCACUUCUGGGAGGCGGAGCUUUUGAGGAUCCAGGCGAGGAUGGAAAUGCGCAAGGGAUUGGCAGAUGUUGGGAGCCACCCCUCGUAUCGCGACAAGAGAAACUCUCAGGGCCAGUAG